AAAAGGUUUUUUUAAACCCUGAAUAGGAGACACAUUAAACUCUCCAACACCAAACUCUAGCCGCCGUCAGUGGCGGUGUCUUGUUCAUGCUUGGAUACACCUGCGGCGAAUCGUCGGUGGCGGUGACUCUGAAUCCAGUUAAAUUUGUUCGUGGGAUGGCUUAUUCUCGCGGGCGUGAUUUCUCGUUCUGUCAUUUGUGCGGGACAAUGCUCACAGUCCCUUCAAUUGAGUACGCAGAGUGCCCCUUGUGCAAAACUAGGCGAAACAUAAAAGAUAUUAAGGGAAAGGAAAUAAGUUACACGAUUUCUGCUGAGGAUAUCAGAAGAGAGCUUGGAAUCAAUAUAAUUGAUGAACAGAAAGUGCAAUUGUCUAAGGUUAACAAAAAAUGUGAAAAAUGUGGCCAUGAUGAAGCUAACUAUUAUACUAGACAGAUGAGAUCAGCCGAUGAAGGGCAAACUACUUUCUACACAUGCACCCGCUGUGCUCAUCAGUUUCAAGAGAAUUAAGCUGGUACCGUGUAUGAAUGGAUUCCCUGCACUUAGUUUUUUUUUUCCUUUGCUGAUACCUGCCCCAUAUUUUCUACCAAACCUUGAUAGCGAGAGAGAGCAUUGUCUGUGCAAGUGCAAGUUGUGGAGUUGAAGUUUGGUUUCUUUAUAGUUUGUAUAAUGAAAGAUGUCUCGAAGAUUCAAAAUUUCUAGAAUACUGAGCACUGAAAGAAACAUAGAAAAAAUGGUUUUUUUAAAAUCUACAGUACAUCUGCUAGCGGGCCUAUUAGUUGCUUGAUGUACAGACACUAACUUUUAAUUCCCCCCCCUCCUCCCCUCUCAAAUUUCAAUUAAUUUUCCUGCAUUACUCAAGUAUGGCAGUCUGGUGUUAGUAAACCAGUAGUGUGCUCAUUUAUCUACAAGUUUGUGUGUUGAUGUUAAUUCCCUUAAAUUCAUAUUAAUG